AUGCCGACAAACCACCUGCUUCUCCUGCUCCUGACGGCUUUUGUCGUCAACACCAAUGCCGCUGUUGCCACCAAGGAUCUACCCAACACACGCAACCACCGCAUUCUCACAAGCAAGGUCACCCCCGAAAAUGAAGAGCUACCAUCGAUCAAAGGAGAGAAGGAGGAGAAAGUGUUCAUGCCCUCAGCUGUUGCGAGACUUAAAGGUCUCUUCGGGAAAAUCCCUGGUCUCGGCACCAAGUUCAGUGGCGCGGGCAAGGAUUCGGCCGUGUUCACGGCUGUGGAGAGAAUGCCCAUCGUGAACAAGCUGGACAACGUCGUGGAGAGGAACCCGAACUUCGUCGAGAAGCUGAGCAAGGAUCCUAGAGCCAUCGAGAGAUUGGAGAACAAUCCUGAAAUCGCACGAGUGUCGACGAUGCUGGAGCAGAACAAAUUCAAGGUCACCCAGAAGGACAUCAACCAGCUUCGAAAUGUUGUGGGCGACGACGCCACCAGACUCAGCAAACUUGAGAUUAUUGAGGUGGCUCGGCAGGUUGGGAGAUGGCUCGUGCUGGAUACCAUUGCCUAUAUUCUGUUUGUGGCUUUAAUCUUGGGGCUUGUCGCGGUCGUUGCAAAUGGCAACUAG